AUGAGAACUCCAAAAUUGUUAAAUUUUGGUAAGGUAGCGCGCGCUCAACCCUUGCAAAGGGGUAAAGUGGGGCUAAGUCUACCCCUCCAAGUUUGGGCCCCGCCCCCGACGCCGCGAAGGGCGCUUGGGCAAUCGGCAAGGGUGUCCGUCAUUCGGGAUCGAUACUCCGAGCUGGACACACGUGCUAUCGCCAUGGCUUUGUGGACGCCGUACGCCGAGGACGCUGCUCUGGACCUGUCGACGAAGUGUAAAGAAGUGACGGUGUCUGAGACUUACGGGCGGGUGCCCUACACUGGUUAUCCGUACCCCAGCGAGUUGUCGCAGCACCCUUAUCCCGGGUAUCGGCAGUACGUGCCCGUCGCUGAAGGGUCGCCGCUCUCCGGGACCAGCACCUGCUCGUACAUGACCGCUAUCAGCCCGCGGAUAGGCGUGAUCUCUCCACCAGCCUCGCCGACCUCCCAUCACGUAACGCAACCGAGCGCGGACAUGCCAAGCUACAUGGUCGACGUGGACACGCUGUCCGACGAUCCGGACUUCCAGGCCUUUGAAAGGGAUGCGCUUCGUGUUAUGGCGGAGAAGAACGGCGGCACCCUGCUGGGGAACAACCCGAGGAUGCGUAGGGCGGUGCAGACGAGCCAGGCGGCAGACGACUCUUACCGGAAGCAGAGGGAGAGGAACAACUACGCAGCGAAGCAGAGCAGAGAUCGAAGAAAACUGAGGGAGAUCCACCUCGCUUUGAAGGUUACCUACUUGAGGAACGAGCUCACCAAACUGAAGGGUCAGCUGGCCUCGAGGUCAUGCGUCCGCUGCCACCAAGCAUAUCCGUAC